GCAGCAGCUGAGGGCCUGAAAGUCCUCUCCAUUUCCGGCCUGUCUCUUCUUCUCCUUCUCCUUCCUGUCCAAUCCCUCCAUUGCUAUUUUCGUGCUGCCUCGACACCAUAAGAUUUUUGAGGGCGGAUUGGUGUCUCCUCCUCUUUGCCCCGGAAAGAGAGGUUCUUGGCCUCGCUUUCCUCCAACAUCGUUUUUGUGUUGUUAGGUCUUUUGUUGAUUAUUGGGUGGCUCUGCCUGCGCUUGUCCCCCACCCAGCGUCUCAUCAGAUCGAUAUAUUGUGCUGCUCGGAUUAUUGCGCGCGCUUUGCCCCUGGACUUUUGCAUUCUGUUUGCAUUUGAUAAAGUUCUUGGCUUUGCAAGGUUUUCAAUUCAAUUAUCCGUGUCUGGCUGUCGAUUCGUUGCUUGUUUCCCGGCGCACUAAUCAUUUCGUCUUCGACAAAGAAGCGCUCUUUCCAGGUCGUCGAUCACCCAGCGCCGGUAUUUAGUUCCCAUCCGAGCAAGGGGAAGUUUGUUCUUUGCUCCUGGCAAUUAAUCGAGGGCCAAAUAAAUUCCAUCCAUUUUGCUUAUCCAAUUCGAGCGUAAGGAAAGAAGCAAAAAGUGAUUCUUUUUAUUAAAAAAAAAUCCAGUCUUGCUGCUGUUCUUGCGACCAAUCCGAUGGGGAAGGUCGGGGAGAGGUGGAGGGCGUUCUCGACGAACAGAUGGCUGGUGUUCGUGGCGGCAAUGUGGCUGCAGUCCAUGGCCGGGAUCGGGUACCUCUUCGGCGCCAUCUCGCCGGUGGUCAAGGCCGCGCUGGGUUACAACCAGCGGCAGGUGGCGGCGCUCGGCGUCGCCAAGGACCUCGGGGACUGCGUCGGCUUCCUCGCCGGGUCGCUCUCCGCCACGCUGCCGGCGUGGGCGAUGCUGCUCAUCGGCGCCGCUCAGAACUUCCUCGGCUACGGCUGGCUGUGGCUCAUCGUCACCAGGCAGGUGCCGGCGCUGCCCCUCUCCAUGAUGUGUCUUCUUAUCUUUGUUGGAACCAAUGGUGAGACAUACUUCAACACAGCUUCACUUGUGACAUGCAUUCAGAACUUCCCAAAGAGCAGGGGCCCUACAGUGGGUAUCCUUAAAGGAUUCGCCGGCCUUAGCAGCGCUAUUCUGACUCAACUGUAUACAGUAUUGCACACACCUGACCACGCCACACUUGUCUUCAUGGUGGCAGUUGGGCCAUCAUUGGUUGCCAUUGGCCUGAUGUUUGUUAUUAGGCCUGUUGGAGGUCACCGUCAGGUGCGGCCAUCCGACAAUAACAGCUUCAUGUUCAUCUACACCAUUUGUUUGCUCCUUGCUUCCUAUCUAGUCGGUGUCAUGCUCGUUCAAGAUUUCGUGCAACUGAGUGACAAUGUGGUUGUUUUUGUCACGGUAGUUCUUUUCAUCCUGCUUAUUUUACCAAUUGCAAUUCCUCUGACCUUGACAUUUUUGUCGAAAACUGAAAAUCCAAUUGAGGAGGCACUACUUGCUGAACCAUCAAAAGGACAGGCAAGUACUUCACAAGAAAAGGAGCCAGAUGUAUUUUUAAGUGAGGUUGAUGAGGAGAAACCUAAAGAAAUUGACUCGUUACCCCCAUCUGAAAGGAGGAAGAGGAUUGCAGAAUUACAGGCCAGGCUAGUGCAAGCUGCAGCACGAGGUGGCGUUAGAAUCAGGAAGCGUCCUCACCGUGGGGAGAACUUCACCCUGAUGCAGGCAUUGGUCAAGGCUGAUUUUUGGCUAAUUUGGUUAUCACUUCUUCUUGGCUCGGGAUCAGGGUUGACGGUGAUCGACAAUCUGGGUCAGAUGAGUCAGGCUGUUGGAUUCAAGGAUGCACAUAUAUUUGUUUCAUUGACGAGCAUAUGGAAUUUCCUUGGUCGUGUCGGAGGUGGCUACUUCUCAGAGAAUAUUGUGAGAGAACGUACAUACCCAAGACACAUAGCACUGGCUUUUGCUCAGAUUCUGAUGGCUGCUGGCCAUUUUCUCUUUGCAAUGGCUUGGCCUGGAACUAUGUAUGUGGGAACCUUCUUGGUUGGGCUUGGAUAUGGAGCUCAUUGGGCUAUUGUGCCAGCUGCUGUCUCUGAACUUUUUGGAGUAAAACACUUUGGGGCGAUGUACAAUUUUCUCACAGCAGCAAACCCCACAGGGUCACUGAUCUUCUCAGGAGUUAUUGCUAGUAACUUGUAUGACUAUGAAGCUGAGAAACAAGCACACCACCAGAGUUCUUGGUCUGGACAGUCACUUCGCAACAUGAACUUGCUCGCAGAGGGGCCUCUGAAGUGUGAAGGACCUGUUUGCUUCUUUGUCAGCUCACUGAUCAUGUCAGCAUUUUGCAUUGUUGGAGCUGGCCUGAGCUUAAUUGUUGUUCACAGGACCAAACGAGUGUAUGCUAACCUCUACCGAGCUGUCCGGACUUGACAAUUAAUUGUUGAAUCCCCCCUUCUGUUCCAUGUUCCCUGUAUUAUUGCGUAAAUGAUUCAAGAUACACAGUUAAAGUUUACCUGUA